UUUACAACAGUACCGUACAGUACCUGGUACGGUACAGUAAUUCAGUUUUGAACUGCUGUUCUCGCUAGUCCUCGGAAGUACUUUUUGAUUCUAUUACUACACAUACGAGUGCUGUAACUAACGAUUCAUAGCUAUUGUGAAUGAUCACUCGACCAUUCUCUAUCUGUAUCUCGACGAAGCCAAAAACAUGACUGUUGAUAACAGCCAUGCUGCAACUGCCACCGCGGAUGAUCCCCUGGCCAGAAUGAUGAGCAAAAACAACCGGCAGCAAAGCGCCUCAAACGACGAAGUCGACGCAAUGGUUCCAUCCAAGAUGAACAACGAUGCCGUCGGCAAUAAAGGCGGUUUCCAUAACAAGGAGAACAACGAGAAUCAAAGCGCUUUCGUUCUCAAUGGUCCGGAAACAUCUGCUUCCGCCGCGAAAAUAAAUUCCACAAUUUCGCAAACGGACCGAACACACACCGCAAGCAUCGUUGAUGCCCCGCCGAUCCUGGCCCGCCCCCGCGCCACCCUCGACAGGGAGAUCUCGCGGCAGGUACUGCGGCACAAGCUCCAGAAACUCCGCCACCUGGUCCUGGAGGGGGUGGUCUCGGAAGAAUAUCUGGAGCAGCACAUCAUGCACCCCAAGCUCCUUGACAUGUUCGAUCCGCAAACCGUUACGUACAACGGAGGCAUUGCCAAGAUCAAGGAAUGGAAGAUUUCGUGCUACCUGGAGGUCAUGGAGGGAGGCGUCCCCUGCACAAAUCCACACACGGAGCUCCUAGAGGUCUUUCGGCCGCUCCUGAAUACCUGCGACGACCUCUUUCUGGCCUGGUACAAGCAACAGCACGCCUGCAACAACCACCGGACGAACCGCGGGCACUCCGCGAGGCGUACCUGCGAGCGUCUCAUGACCUUUGUCACGCGUUACACACCGGCCCCGGGGGAGCAGGCCCUCCUAAAGCACGUCGACGGCGCCGGAAAGGUAGACGGCUCCUGCGUCCUGGCCCUCCCCGUCGACCGCUGGACGGGGCCCGACAACUCCUUUUACGGGCACGGGGGCGGCCUGACCUUCUGGGACGGCAGAGAGCCGGUUCCGGAGGACGACGGGGGAGACAGACCCGAUCGCAGCGAUGGUCAUCCGAAGCGGACCAGGCCGAGAACCCGCCCGCGCGAGAUCCACUACGAUACCCGGCCCGGGGACAUUGCCUUCAUCGAUCGGGCCGUUUGGCACCAGGCGGAUCCGAUCACCAAGGGGACCCGGUGGGCCCUGGUAAUUUUCUACAAGGUGACGGAGCAAGAAGACGACGAGAACGACUGUGAACAGGAACGAAAGUGAUGCCGGGCGAUUUUCUGCUGU